UGCACGAGAAAGAGCCGUGUCCAAUGUUCCAGCAAAAAAGAAAGAGCCGUGUACGUCCAAUACAUGCAUCGGUUUCUUUGGCCAAAAAAAAAUACAGCAUCGGUUUGAAAAAGUACUCAUCACUCUUGAGUUAUUAAAGGAGGUCGGAUGGCGUGCAUGGAGGUGACUGAGAAGAAGAUUAGUUAAUUAACAAACGAUGUCUCCUUCACCGCAGCUUCUCGUCCUCCUGCUCCUCGCAGUUCUCCUGCUCUUUCCCCUCUAUCUACUAAUUUUUAGCACCAAACGAGCCCUCUCGAAAAAGAUCAAGCUCCCACCUUCUCCACCCAAGUUUCCUCUGAUUGGAAACAUCCUCCAGCUGGGCUCUCUCUCCCAUCACUCUCUCCGAGCCCUCGCAGAGAAGCAUGGACCCCUGAUGCUUCUCCAUCUCGGCCGGGUGCCGACCCUUGUCGUGUCCUCCGCUGAGAUCGCCCAGGAGAUCAUGAGGACUCAAGACCUCGUCUUCGCCAGCCGGCCUUCUUUAAAGGCCAUCAGAAUCGCGUUUUAUGAAGGCAUGGGCUUGGCUUUCACUCCUUACGGUGACUACUGGAGACUUGUGAGGAAGCUCUGCGCCCUCCACGUCCUUGGUGCCCAAAAAGUGCACUCCUUUCGUCUCAUGAGAGAGGAAGAAGUGGCCUUCAUGAUGGAGAAGAUUUCUGAAGCCUCUGCAGCACUGGUUCCAGUGGAUAUGAGCAAGGUCUUGAAUUCCUUUGCGAAUGACAUGAUCUCGAGAGCGGUGGCAGGGAAAUUUUUCAGAGGAGGAGGUAGAAAUGAUUUGCUGCGUGAGCUCAUAGACGAGAUGCCUGCCAUAGCCGGGCAGUUCCACUUUGAAGACUAUUUCCCGUCACUUGCAUGGUUGGAUGCGUUAUUAGGGCUGAACACAGGGGCCCAAAGGUUGUUUAAGAGAUGGGAUGGUGUUCUGAGCGAGGUGAUCAAGGACCAUGGCGAUCGAAUGAAGGAUGGCAGGCAUGAGAACAACCUAGUGGACCUGCUGAUGUCUCUUCAAGAGGACUCCAAUAAUCAAUCUGAUCUCCCCAAAGAACGCAGCCUCACCAAAGAGCAAAUCAAAGGAAUCUUAUCGGAUAUGUUUUCUGCUGGAACUGAAACAUCCUAUGCAGUCCUGGAAUGGGCAAUGGUAGAGAUUGUUCGCAACCCAGAGGUGAUGAAGAAGCUGCAAGAUGAGGUGAGAGGAAUAGCCAAUGGAAAAGGCUUGGUCAGAGAGGAGGAACUGAGUGCAAUGAGCUACUUGAAAGCUGUGGUAAAGGAGCUCCUGCGGCUCCACCCUCCAGUUCCAUUGUUACUUCCACGCGAGUCCAUGGAUGAUUGCCAGAUACAGGGCUACCAAGUCCCCAAGAAAACUAGAGUCCUCAUCAAUGCUUGGGCCAUUGGAAGAGACUCCAAGUAUUGGGAGGCGCCAGAGGAAUUCCGACCCGAGAGAUUUCUGAGUAAUACCGUGGAUUUCAGAGGAAAUGACUUCCAGUUCAUACCGUUUGGGGCUGGUCGGAGAAUUUGUCCUGGAAUGAACUUUGCAGUUGCUACUCUAGAGCUCGCACUGGCGAAUCUUGUACUCCGGUUUAAUUGGGAGCUGCCUUCCGGCAUGACGAGAGAGGAGAUGGACAUGGCCGAAGCUCCAGGGCUCACAAGCCGAAGGAAAGAAAGACUUCAUCUCGUUGCAAAAUCAUGCAUCCAAUUAGGAGGAGUUCUGAAUCGUUGAGUCAUGGCUGGUUACUCCUUUAUGUAGUAUUUAGUACUUGGAGAAUUUCUUAUUUGUUGCACUUUAUGUGGAUUUAGUCUAUCCAGCGAGAUAUGCAAAUGGAAGAGACCUAUGAGACUUUUCCUCAUUCUUA